CUUUAUUUUUAUGGUCUUAUAAUAAAUUAGCCAAUAAUUUUUACAAACAUUUUAGAUUUCCCAAUGUUUCUAGGAGAACUAUGAUUUUCUGUCUCAUUUCACCAGUAACUCAUUUAUUAGAGAACAGGGAUGCUGCAGUAGUUAAUUGCUACUUUGGCACACUUCAUCUCUUUAUUCCUCAAAAACAAAAAGCUAAUAGACUAAAGUAUGGCCUCAACUUUUUUUUUUUAAACAUGCAACUUUUACUACUUUAAAUAUAAUUGGUUUCUUUGUUUCAUACAUUUAAGAACAAGAAGGAAAGACUGAAGUCUGCCCAAGCCAGGUGUUUCUUGUUGGCAGCCUGCUCCCUAAUGACUCUGUUCUCAUACAGCAGCUGCCUACUAGUCAGCUUUGUAUGGCCUAUUGUUGCUGCACACUCCUCGUUAAUACACAAGCUGCCUGGGGCAGACCCGGAGAAUGACAUCAACUUGCUUAUCUUAGAAACCUACAAACCUGAUGCAGUGUGCUGAGGUUGGCUUGCAUCUGCCUGGCUAACUAAUUGUGAGCUUUCUGGCCUAUGAUUGGCUGUUAUUCCACUUGUAAUAGGUUAAGCAAAGACACUGCCAUUCCAUCUGUUCAACCAGUCAUUGUUCUUCUUGCCUGCCUGGAAGUCUGCAGCAAAAAUUGUUUUAAGGAGUUACUGCUGAAGCUGCUACAGAAACCAGUGUCUUUGUAUUUUCCUUCUAACGAAUACAGGGUGCUUUGCAUUCAGGAAUACAGAAAAAACAGCAAAGUGGAGUCAAACAUACAUAACAGCUUCAUGGGCUUGAAGGAUCAUCUGGGGCAUGACCUAGGCCACCUUUAUGUGGAGAGCACUGACCCACAUUUAAAUACUUCUGUACCUUGGUCAAUGAUAGAAAAACCAAUAAUGGAAAAAGUUCACUCCAGGAAGGAAGAAAAAGAGGUGUCUGAAGAGAAUGCUAACUCUGGUGAUUCUGAAGACAGCACAAAUUCUGAUAACGAGUCAGAACAACUGACUAGCAUUUCAGUAGAGCCAUGCUUACUAACCAAGACUCACAGACAACUAUGUAGAUCUCCCUGUUUAGAGUCUCACAUAUUUAAACGUAAUGAAAUUUUACAAGACUUUAAACCUGAAGAGUCCCAAACUACAUCCAAGGAAGUGAAGAAACCCCCUGAUGUGGUCCGAGAAUACCAAACAAAACUAGAAUUUGCACUUAAGUUAGGUUAUUCUGAAGAACAGGUCCAACUUGUGCUACACAAACUCGGUACUGAUGCUUUAAUCAAUGAUAUUUUGGGAGAACUUGUAAAACUUGGAAAUAAAAGUGAGACUGAACAAGCAGUUAGUACAAUUAAAAGUAUAAUUCGAGAAACUUCUUCCCUAGAAUCUCAGAGAUCUGAAUCUCCAAUGCAAGAGAUUUUAACAGAUGAUGGUGAAAAUCUAAAACCAAUAGUUAUUGAUGGCAGCAAUGUGGCAAUGAGCCAUGGAAACAAAGAAGUAUUUUCUUGCCGGGGAAUAAAAUUGGCAGUGGACUGGUUUUUGGAAAGAGGUCACAAAGAUGUUACAGUUUUUGUUCCUGCAUGGAGAAAGGAGCAGUCUCGACCUGAUGCUCUCAUUACAGAUCAAGAAAUUCUACGUAAACUAGAGAAAGAGAAAAUCCUGGUGUUCACGCCAUCCAGGAGAGUCCAGGGGAGGAGAGUGGUGUGCUAUGAUGACAGGUUCAUUGUGAAGCUGGCUUUUGAGUCAGAUGGUAUAAUUGUAUCCAAUGAUAACUACAGGGAUUUGGCUAAUGAAAAACCAGAAUGGAAGAAGUUCAUAGAUGAGCGAUUAUUAAUGUAUUCAUUUGUCAAUGACAAAUUCAUGCCCCCUGACGACCCUCUCGGCAGACAUGGCCCAAGUCUGGAUAAUUUUCUGAGGAAAAAACCCAUUGUUCCUGAACACAAAAAGCAGCCCUGUCCAUAUGGAAAGAAGUGUACCUAUGGACACAAAUGCAAAUAUUACCAUCCUGAAAGGGGCAGUCAGCCUCAGAGGUCAGUGGCUGAUGAACUUCGUGCCAUGUCUAGAAAUACAGCAGCCAAAACUACAAAUGAAGGAGGACUGGUGAAAAGCAACAGUGUUCCCUGCAGCACAAAGGCAGACAGUACCUCCGAUGUCAAACGAGGUGCUCCAAAGAGGCAAUCUGAUCCAAGCAUAAGGACUCAAGUCUACCAAGACCUAGAGGAAAAGCUUCCCACCAAAAACAAAUUGGAAACCAGGUCUGUACCUUCCUUAGUUAGUAUACCGGCUACUUCUACUGCAAAACCCCAAAGCACUACAUCUUUAAGCAAUGGCCUUCCAUCUGGAGUUCAUUUCCCAGCUCAGGAUCAAAGACCACAGGGUCAAUAUCCUCCAGUGAUGAUGGCAACCAAAAAUCAUGGAACGCCAAUGCCUUAUGAACAGUAUCCAAAAUGUGACUCACCUGUUGAUAUUGGAUAUUAUUCUAUGUUGAAUGCAUAUUCAAAUCUGAGUAUCUCAGGCCCACGAAGUCCUGAAAGGCGUUUCUCCUUAGACACAGAGUAUAGGAUAAGUUCUGUAGCUUCUGACUGCAGCAGUGAAGGGAGCAUUAGUUGUGGGAGCAGUGACUCAUAUGUGGGGUACAAUGACAGGCCAUAUGUCAGUUCUCCUGACCCACAACUAGAAGAGAAUUUUAAGUGUCAACACAUGCACCCUCACAGCCGCCUUAAUUCCCAACCUUUCCUGCAGAAUUUCCACGAUCCCUUAACCAGAGUGCAGAGUUACAGUCAUGAAGAACCAAAGUACCAUCACAAGCCUCCUAUUCCCCACUUGGCUAUGCAUCUACAGCAUCCAGCUGUGGGCUCCCGGUCUAGUUGUCCUGGCGAUUAUCCCUCUCCUCCAGGUUCAGUACACUCUAAGGCACCACACCUAGGGCGGUCCUUGGUGGCAACAAGAAUAGAUAGCAUUUCUGACUCUCGGCUGUAUGACAGCUCUCCUUCAAGACAAAGAAAGCCUUACCCUCGCCAGGAUGGGCUGGGAAGCUGGGACAGACAGAGCUAUGGAAUUGAUGCUUACGGCUAUCGGCAGACCUACUCCUUGCCAGAUAACUCCACACAGCCAUGUUAUGAGCAGUUCACCUUCCAGAGCCUACCUGAGCAACAGGAGCCAACUUGGCGAAUACCAUACUGUGGAAUGCCACAAGAUCCUCCCAGGUAUCAAGACAACCGAGAAAAGAUCUAUGUCAACUUGUGCAACAUCUUCCCACCUGACCUUGUGAGAAUUGUUAUGAAAAGGAACCCUCACAUGACAGAUGCCCAGCAACUAGCUGCAGCUAUUUUAGUAGAGAAGUCACAGCUGGGUUAUUGAAAGAUGAUGCAUCUUUGCGGUGUUUAGUAGUUUUUUGUUCAGCUCAAAUGCUGAGGGAGGUUUGCUACAAUAGCACAUGUGAUCUCCUUCUCAGCAAGGAGGUUAUAUAGUAUCCAUUUAUGUGAAAUACUGUAUCAUGGAAUCUGUAUGUAUAACCCCCACAUGGUGGAAGUAUCACUGGAUUGCUCUACAUUCAAACUUUUUUUUUUAAAAAAUAUUUCCUUUUUAAAGCUAUACCCUUGGCUGGAAAUUUUUCCAGUUUGAUUUAAUAGAUGUAUCUGUGAUAUUUGAUAUUAAUCUUUGGUGCAUCAGGGGUUUAUAUGCAGCACUUUUUAUCCUUGUUUCAUGUUUAUUAACUUGGUGUUUAUCAACUGCAAGCAAUUAAAAAUAACUUCAGAACAUUGAACAUUUUAUUAGACCUAGCAAACUAUUUUUUCAAGCCAAGUUUCACUGGAAUCUUUUACAGCUUUUUAAGUUAUUUUUAUUUGGGGGAAGUGGGCUUCUUUGUGCUAUAAUCAUUAUUUAUAGAUACAAAGAUAAUACUACAGCACUGACUUUAUAUUUUAAACAAAAUGUAAGUUACCAGAUUAUGCUGAAAUGGGUAACAGUGUAUAUUAGAAUGAUUUACAGUAUAGCACUUUUCAUAGUUUUAUUUUUUGUUUGGAUUUUUCUGUUAAGUAUGGUUAGUUGUUUGGGUUUUUUUUUGGUUUUUUUUUUUUUUUGUUAGUAUGGUUGGUUUUUAAGGAAAGCAGAUGCAAUCAAUGGGGAAAAAAAGUCUUUUUUUUUUUUUUUUUUUUUUUUUACAAAUAAGGCAAAA